UUUUGGCUUAGAGUCGCGUGAUAUUGGUGAUGGUGCUUGGUGAGGAGAAAGCGAAGGAAGAAAGUCGUGGGGCUCUGUUUUUCUAUCUGCUCUUCGCCUCGGGUCUGGUUUUUUGGACCCGCGCCAUGCCGACGCCCUUUCUGCCACUGGUCAUGGCGCAGGAGUUCGGGCAGAGUUCCACCCAGAUUGGCAUGGUCAUGUCUUCCACCCCGUUGGGUGCCUGCAUGGCUACGCCCAUUGCCGCGAGUCUGGCUCGGAACAGUCGACGUAUCGUGUAUUUUCAUUCUGUCUCGCUUCUGUUCAUUGCGUUCACCAGCCUCCUGAUGGCGUGUUUGCAGCGCUUCCUCUCCACAGGUGAUGUCUUCCUGGCGGUGACCAGCAUUUGUUUCACUCAGGGCAUGGCAUAUGCUCUGUAUAUGGCAGCCAACACCACCUUGAUCUCGCGGCGCUUCACAGGCGUGCCGGAGUAUUUUCACAUCACCAGUGACAUCACCAGUGACCAUUCAGAAAUCGCAACCGUGGCCUACGUGGUGGGCAUGGCGGAGGUGGCUGUUGGCUUCGGUGCCCAACUGGGGCGCCUCGCUGGCGGAGCCCUCUACGACCUGGGCGGCUUCGGCUGUCCCUUUCUGAGCGCCGCAGUGUGCCCAGUGGGGUCAUGGGAGAGCUGGUGA